AUUCAGGCUUCCCAAACCUGAGAGCCAGAUGCUCUCCGAACUCUGGCCUUGCAUCCACUGUGAUGACCCCGGCGCCCUCCUCCCCAACACCCUGCCUCCCGCUGCUCAUGGCCCCUUGCCACACAGAUGGACAUCGUGGAUGCCGAGCAGGAGGCGCCGGUGGAAGGCUGGAUUGCAGUGGCAUACGUGGGCAAGGAGCAGGUGGCCCAGUUCCACCAGGAGAAUAAGGGCAGUGGCCCGCAGGCCUAUCCCAAGGCCCUGGUCCAGCAGAUGCGGCGGGCCCUCUUCCUGGGAGCCUCUGCCCUGCUUCUCCUCAUCCUGAACCACAACGUGGUCCGAGAGCUGGACAUAUCCCAGCUUCUGCUUAGGCCAGUGAUCGUCCUCCAUUAUUCCUCCAAUGUCACCAAGCUGUUGGAUGCACUGCUGCAGAGGACCCAGGCCACAGCUGAGAUCACCAGCGGAGAGUCCCUGUCUGCCAAUAUUGAGUGGAAGCUGACCUUAUGGACCACCUGUGGCCUCUCCAAGGAUGGCUAUGGAGGAUGGCAGGACUUGGUCUGCCUGGGAGGCAGUCGUGCCCAGGAGCAGAAGCCCCUGCAGCAGCUGUGGAAUGCCAUCCUACUGGUGGCCAUGCUCCUGUGCACAGGCCUCGUGGUCCAGGCCCAGCGGCAGGCGUCGAGGCAGAGCCAGCGGGAGCUCGGAGGCCAGGUGGACCUGUUUAAGCGCCGCGUGGUGCGGAGACUGGCAUCCCUCAAGACACGGCGCUGCCGGCUGAGCAGGGCGGCGCAGGGCCUCCCAGAGCCGGGUGUUGAGACCUGUGCCGUGUGCCUGGACUACUUCUGCAACAAGCAGUGGCUCCGGGUGCUGCCCUGUAAGCACGAGUUUCACCGAGACUGUGUGGACCCCUGGCUGAUGCUCCAGCAGACCUGCCCACUGUGCAAAUUCAACGUCCUGGGUGAGCACCAGGGGCAGGGGCCCUUGGCCUACUCCGCCUGCUCCUCACCUGAUGCCUCCCUCCCUGUUCUUCUUCCUCUCCCUCGCAGGGAACCGCUACUCUGAUGAUUAGCUGCCCAGCUGGACUCUGCACGUGGGGAUGGACCCUUCCUGCCUGCUCCCCGGUCCUCAGCCUGGGCUCCCAGGACAGGACAGGAUGGGACAGCAGGAUAGACAGGACAGCAAGCCCAGUGGGUGGGAGGAAGGAUGAGGGCCCCACUGCGUCCAUACUGGGAAGGGGGGCUCCACAGCUACAGGCUGAGGAUCUAGGGCCGGGACCUGUCAAUCUAGGAAGAGGUCACUUUAGGACCUUCUCUGUAAUCCUGUGACAUGAGUCUGCCCUCCUCACAGGCAGCUCCCAGGUCAAUAGGGAAGGAGAAUAUGGGGCCAGUGUAGCUGUUCCCAGGGUUCUGGGAGCUCCCUGUGGCCUGUCUGGGAAUCCCUGGAGGUUGAGACUACAGUGGCCAGGUUUUGUGCUUAUUUAUUGGGGGGUGGGUUGAGGGAGGAGCUAUCUGGCCUUGGGGUACCCUGGCCUGACCGUCUUUCAGGAUACGUCUUGGUCAAGGCUGUCUGCCUGUUGCCCUUGGUCCUUGGGCACUGGGAGCCCUGGGUCCCACUGCCUGUCCAGCCUGGCUCCCUUCCUGGGCCUGGCUAGGACCAGAGGCCUUAGAUCCUGUUCUGGACUCCUUGGCUGUGGCUUUGUGUUGCCGACCGGGAUACUCGAAGCCACAGGAUCAAUGUAGUGCCUCAUCCGGGGCAUCCAUUUUUUUUUUUUUCAAAGAGUUGGGGUAGGGAAGGUUUAAUAGUAAAAUAAACGUGGCUAUAUUUUAACAUAAGAUG